AUGCGAAAACGCUGUAUUUUUGGCUUAUUCUUUCUAGGGAUAUCAUACUCCCCGGCAGAUGCGACCAUUGUAAACCCCAAGCCGAUCUCUCAACCAGAGAUCAAUAUAACGAGUCUUGGGGAAUUGGGCGUGUUCGGAAACUUUGACACUUUGACACACAUUAUUUAUGAAGGACAGGGCUCUGUACUGGAUCCUCCAAUUGUUAAUGACCAGAUUUUAAGCCAACAAAAUAAAACAACAUUCCUCGCAUCCUCCCUGGUGGACGGCACAAUUCAAGCAUCAUGCCAAGUUGACAGCAAUACGAUUGUAAUGGCUGGCAAUUUCAGCCAGAUUCUUAAUCAAUCUGCCCACGGUAUAGCAGGACUAGACCUGAGUACUGGACGUUUAAUCCCUAUGGAUGGAAUUGACUUUAAUGGUAACGUGAACGUACUUUUUUGCAAUGGCAGCACAGUCUUCGUCGGAGGUGACUUUGAAUAUUCAGGGAGCUCGGCGGUUGCUUUAUGGGAUGUGUUGAAUAAUAAAUGGUUGCCUGCCCCCUGGGGUGGAUUCACUGAAGGCUCCGUGGUUAAUGCAAUCACUCAAUUUCAUGACAAUCUCGUUUUUGGUGGUAAACUUACUGGCAUAAAUGCAAAUUUCACGGCAAAUAAUACCAGGACCGAGCAGGCCCAGCAGCAGUUGGUUCCUUAUUCUCAAGCCAGUGUCACAAGUUCCAAUGGUGUUGCAGGCCAAGACGAUAAUUCAAUUCUAUGCUUGAAUGGUGCUGGUUGGAACGCUCUUGGAAAUAAUGCUGUUGCUACGCUCAAUAUUGAUUUUGGACUCACAAUUCUUCCUGUUCGUAUGCGUCUUCAAAAUCUUGCAGGUGAGAGUGGCACCAAAGUGUUUCGGCUAAUAACGCACCCAACCAAUGGUAUCAUGAACCUCACAUGGACAGACACUAACGGCACAAAUAGGUACUGCGAUGCUCAAUGUCCUCUGCCAGCGUCUUCUGAAUCGCUAUUCACAGACUUUACCUUCGUGAACGAGGUGAGCACUACUUCUGCAGAGCUCGUGUUGUUGGACAGUUACGGGGACCAUGCAGGGUUAACUUCAGUGCAGUUUUAUCAGCAAGACUACUUUAUUUCCCCUAACAAUGAGUGGAACUUGCCUCUCAGCUGUCAGGAAGCUCAAAAUACUGCCGAGGUUGACUCGUCGGGCUCGUGGACGGUGUCAAAUCAGACUACUGGCGAUUACAUGGUGUCGUAUAUCUCUGAAUCAAGCCAAUUACAAAAUGCAAAGUUAGCAAUUCAUCCCAAUGUCGAUAUUGAAGCGAAAUAUUUGGUUCGCUUUUAUACACCAGGAUGUGCAGAGAGCCAAGACUGUUCAUUAAGAGGCCAGGUAAAUGUCACAACUUAUCCCGGUCACGGGGAACCGAAAUCGGUACAGUUGUAUCAAACGAAUGAACAACUCAAGUAUGAUGUGGUAUACGAAGGUCUUUUAAGUCCAGAUGCCUUUGUGGAGGUUGGUAUGGUUGAUGGGCAGGAGGUGCCUCUGAACUUUGUUGCUGGACAACUGGUUCUUGAAUUCCAGGAAGGCGCAUCUUCUGUCAAAAUUGGUAACUUGUUUGAGUAUUCUCAGAAGAAUUUCACAGUGUCUGCUCAAAACUCAUCUUUCAUUCCUGUUGGUGCUACAUUGUUGAAUACAUUAGGGACGACGCUUGGCUCAAACUCAACGGUUGAUGCCUUAGCAUUCACAAAUGACACCCUCUACAUUGGUGGAAGAAUUUUUAACUCUUCUUUGUCUGGACUUUUAGCUGCUUCGUCUGAUUCUGUGCAGUCGAUUGAUGUUUCCGUCCCAGUGAAAUCGCUAACGGUUUUAAACGAGACUGUCAUCGCGAGUUCCGAUGCGACAUACAAACUUGAUGGCACAGAACUAAUUCAGAUCUAUUCGGACCCUGCGCGUGUUGUUCCUUUCGAGCUCAACGAUACUUCUUAUUGGGCCUUCAGCUCCCAAUCUGAUCUGGAGCUGUACAACCCUCAAACGAACGAUAGUUAUAACGGCGACCUUUCGAUACAAGGGCAUUUGUCUGCGAAUUUUGAAAUUAAUGGUGUGAACUUUUAUUUAGGAUCUCUCCAGAUUCUUAACAAAGCUCAAGGUGGUGCAACACUUGACACUAACUUCAAUCCCACUAGGUUACCAUACAACCUCAAUGAAGGUACAGGAAUUAUCAGAGCAGCAGCAUAUUUGAACGAGAGUUUUACUGCUGUUGUCGGUGAUUUUACCGCAAAUACUACUCAUGGGGCAGCUCGAAACGUCAUGCUGGUUAGCAAUUCGGAGUCUUUCCCUUUGGCUAGUAACGACCUGCCCAAUGGUAAGUACUUGUCGGUUGCUUGCAACAACUCGCUCUUGGCAUUAGCGGGCUCAUUCAAUGGAGUUAUUGAUGAUCAUCCAGUUAACGGUUUUGCACUCUAUAACUAUUCUGAGUCCACUUUCGUUGGUAUUAGCUCCGGUCUAGAUGGGGCUGUUCAAGUUAACAAUGUUCUGUUCCGUCCCAACACGGCACAAGCGAUUGUCGUCGGUGAGUUUAACGGAACCAGUGAUGUUCCAUGUGGAAGUAUAUGCCUAUAUGAUGCCAACAAGGACAAAUGGUCGGCCGCUGCGAAUAACAGCUUUACUCGAGGUGUCGUACAAGCUGAGCUUAUUGAUCAAGACAAUUUAUUAGUCGCCCUGGACGAUGGAGGCCUUUCGAAAGUUUCUCUACACAACGGAUCGGUGACCAAUAUCCCAUCGGUAAACGUGACCGGUUUCACUUUAUCGUUAAACUCAACAAUAGUGUACGCCUAUGGUCCUCAAAAUGCAUGUGGAGUAAGUUUUUGGUCUAUGAGCCGCUGGACGGAUCUACCAACUCCAUUUGCAUCUCCCUCGAGGAUUACUUCCCUGUCCAUUUUGCCGACAGUGAGCAAUAACUCAUCAUCACCUCUUGGCGCAAACGAGGUUUUGGUAGUGUUUGGAAGCCUGAACUUCCCAGGAUACGGACAGAUUUCAGCGGCGACUUUUGAUGGCGAGGAUUGGAGUCCGCUAUUCAAGACUACAACCCUAGGCUCUCAUUCAAAUGUUGUUAUAAGAAGCGUUGCUGAGCACGCUCGGAAGAUAUCACCCAUUGAAUACCACAGCAACCCGAGCAACCCGAGCAGUUCGUCGAAGCCCACAGAGCAUCCCAAAGACGAGAGAAAUUAUAUGUCCAGAGGCCGUAUUGUUGGCAUAUCCUGUGCAAUUGCUAUUGGAUGCGUUUCACUACUAAUUGUUUUGGGCCUUAUAUUCUCCUGGGUAACCUCUUACAAUGCGAGACGGCAGUACAGCGCCAUGAGGGUUUCUGAAAAAGACAUGGUGGACGCUUAUACACCCGAACCGUUACGAGGUGUGUUCGCCCAAUGA